ACUUCCAAAGCCAGCGAAGUAUAUUCGUAUGGCUGAUGACACCCCAGUGGAGCAUGUCUUCAAGCUAAUGAAGGAAUACUGGCGUAUGAUGGAUCCGCAUGAGCCUCACCUGGUAAUUUCUGUGGCAGGUGGCGCCAAAAACUUCCACUUGGAUGGACGACGGAAAGAAAGAUUUAACACUGGAUUGAUCAGUGCGGCUGAGACAACUAAUGCCUGGAUAAUCACGGGUGGUUGCAAUUUCGGCAGUAUGAAAAUUGUAGGGGAGGCCAUCAGGGAGAGGCAGUUUCUUUUAUCCACAAGUGAAAGGAUGACCCACGCCUACAGAUGCAUCGGGGUUACCAAAUGGGGUUACAUAGAUGAUAAAGAAGCUCUGGUAAAUGUAAAUGUGAAGGAACCUUACACUGCUAGGUAUAAAGUGAAUCCUGUUUUCAAACUGGGUCAACCAGGGUCACUGAAUCCAAAUCACACCCAUUUUUUUCUGGUUGACGAUGGAUCUGUUGGAAGUUUUCGUGGCAUUCAAGACUUUAAGUCGCAGUUAGAACAUCGUAUUUCGGCGCCACCUUUCGGAAGUGAACCUGGCCUAGGAAUUCCUGUUGUGUUAUUACUGCUUGAAGGUGGAUUGGAUGCCCUCUACCAAGUGCUUGUAACAGUACGUCAUCGGAUUCCUGUGGUGGUUUGCGCGGGAACUGGACGAGCAGCCGAUAUUCUUGCUUUCGCCUAUAAUUGCUUCACAAAAAAUUCCGAGUAA